AUGCUGUCCCCCACAAUUUACCCCGGAUUUCAGGGACUUGUGAGCGGCCCCUUGGUUCGUUGUGCUGGCGGGUUGCACGUGUCGACCUGCCAGGUAGACAACAGCUCUCAACUCAGCUUCUCCCCAAACGUGGCUGGUGCCAUCUUAAAUGCAACUGGGGUCACCAACGUCUCCGCGUCCUUCACAAUUUUGCCACUUAGCAUGUUCGGGAACGGGAGUGAGGCUAACUUCCUCGGUGUGAACACCAUGAUUGGCCUUGAUGUGCUGUACUGCUCGAGUGGUGGUGUCGCGGCUGGUAUCGAGGCCAUCAUCGAUAAUGGUGAAGCAUCCUAUGGUGUGUUCAUCACGGCUUUCCCUAACAUCUCCAUUGCUGUCCCGGUCGACAACCUCACGACAGGCAACAACAUCGCGAUAAGCCUCACUGCAACAAGCGCAACGUCGGUCACGGUGGUCAUUACAAACGAGAGCACGAACCAGACCGUCAUGGAGACUGUGGUUACCGGCACUCUGAACAUGCAGGAGGCAGACUGGAUCAUCGAGGACAUCGCAGCAGACGGGUCCCUACUGCCAUUGGCCGACUUUGGCACGAUCAACUUCACCAAUGUGUCUGCCGCGAGCUCCAGCGGACCCCUGGAUACCACUGGGGCGACGAUUUUGAACAUGGAGCAGAACAACACUGUUCUUACUACAGUCAUGGUCUCAUCCGAUACCAUCAAUCUCACCUUUGUGUAA